AAGACAUUUGUGCAAUUAGUGGAUUGUGAUGGUUCAGUACUAUUUCAUGUUUUUACUUUCAGCGAGAUAAGGAGCAGUGAUAAUGAGUUAAUCUGAAGGUGUCUUACGGCACAAAGUAUCCUUGUAAUACGGUAUUUGUGUGACGUGACGAUGUGGUACAAGUGAUAAUUUGUAUGAAUAUGAAUUAAAUUUGCCACUAUGACUGAAAGCACGUCCAUCCUUACUACUCCUAUUUCUCUAUCCACAUAUCAUCAACUCAGUGUUACAGUUGAAUCAGCAAGCAUAAGGAACACUGGGCUUUUCAAACCAAACCCAUACUUACAAUUGGUAAUAGAUGAUAAGAUUUCAAGGCGAACUGAAGUGAUUAAGAACACUCUACAUCCAAAAUGGAAGGAAGACUUCACUGUGCUUGUUACCCCACUUUCACAUCUGAUGUUACGUCUCGCAGACCACCACAGCUUCAGGAAAGAUAACAUAAUUGGAGAGAAGAAAGUCAACCUUCUAAAAAUACUCUUAUUCUUCAAUGGCAAAUGUGAAAAUAUAGAACUGACAAUAGAUUUGAUGAAGGCAGCAUCUCAAGACAAUGCACCAAAUGCCAAUGCAGAGGUGAAAACUGCAGAAGUGGUUAUUCUUCUUGAUGGUCUUAGAGUUGAUACAUCAGUGCUCAGCCAAGCUCACGAAGUGAUGGGAGAAUCUUCAAGACCAGGACUGUCUGAAGGAAUCCGGGCAAGGCUGAGAAUGCGCAAUAAUGUAGAAACAUUGAGAACUGUAGUCCGUGCACCAAAUCUGAGACCACCACCGGGGCCUCCUCCAAUGAGUAAUGGAGUUGUACAUAAUGUGGCGGUGGUGGAGGGCGGCGCCGGUCCGUCGUCUCACGUUCCUGAAGCGGCGACACACGUGUCAGAUGUCCCUACACCGGCGCAUCCUCCGCAGGCAUCAACCAGCACUGAAGAGCCUUUACCGCCAGGUUGGGAGAUGCGAUAUGAUGUUUAUGGACGACGGUACUAUGUGGACCAUAAUACUCGAUCAACGUCAUGGGAGCGACCGCAACCGCUACCACCUGGCUGGGAGGUGAGACGUGACGCUCGCGGCCGUGUAUAUUACGUGGAUCACAAUACCCGUACAACCACUUGGCAACGACCGGACACUGAGCGCCUCGCACGCUUCCAACAUUGGCGCGGUGAGAGACGACACGUGGUGGCCCAGGGCAAUCAACGGUUCCUCUAUCCUCAGUCACAACCGCCGCCGCCGCCACACCAGUCCGACUCUGACCAUGAUUCUAUUGCUACUGCCACAAGAACCAGCGUUAGUGGGGCUCCAAGUACAGGCAGUGCACCGACAUCGAGCACUGAAGGCGUGCCAGGGGUGAGCGUCAGCGUGGCCGCUGCCGCUAGUGCCUCUAGCGGUAACGUCAGUACCGCCAGUGGCAGUGACGACGCUCUAGGCGCGUUGCCUGCGGGUUGGGAGCGUCGAGUACAACCUGACGGACGAGUCUACUUUGUCAACCACAAGAACCGCACUACACAAUGGGAGGACCCGCGCACUCAGGGUCAAGAGAUGAGCGCAUUGGAGGAGGCUCUACCUCCGGGCUGGGAGAUUCGCUUCACGGAGGACGGCACGCGCUACUUCGUGGACCACAACACGCGCACCACCACCUUCCAGGACCCGCGGCCCGGCGCCCCCAAGGGUCCGCAAGGCGCCUACGGGGUGCCCAGGGCGUACGAGAGGUCCUUCCGGUGGAAACUUAGUCAAUUCCGAUACCUUUGUCAGAGCAACGCUCUGCCGAGCCACAUCAAAAUUACCCUAUCGCGACAGACGCUUUUCGAGGAUUCCUAUCAUCAGAUAAUGAGGCUACCAGCGUAUGAGUUGCGCAGGCGACUGUAUAUCAUAUUCCGGGGGGAGGAAGGGUUAGAUUAUGGAGGUGUCAGUAGGGAAUGGUUCUUCUUGCUAUCACACGAAGUACUAAAUCCUAUGUACUGUCUUUUUGAGUAUGCUAACAAGAACAAUUACAGCCUACAGAUCAACCCAGCGAGCUAUGUGAAUCCUGAUCACUUGCUUUAUUUCAAAUUCAUAGGAAGAUUUAUAGCAAUGGCUUUGUAUCACGGUAGAUUUAUCUAUUCGGGAUUCACGAUGCCUUUCUAUAAGAGAAUGUUGAACAAAAAGCUGACGAUGAAGGACAUAGAGUCCAUUGACCCGGAGUUCUACAACUCUCUUGUGUGGAUUAGAGACAAUAAUAUAGACGAAUGCGGACUGGAGAUGUGGUAUAGCGUAGAUUUCGAGGUGCUGGGGCAAGUUAUACAUCAUGAACUUAAACCCGGAGGCGACAAGGAGAGAGUGUCUGAGGUAAACAAAGAAAAUUACCUGCAGUUGGUUACUCAGUGGCGCAUGACGCGUGGUAUCGAAGAGCAAACUUCAGCGUUCCUUGACGGAUUUAACGAGGUGGUACCAUUAGAAUGGUUGAAAUAUUUCGACGAGCGCGAGCUGGAGCUGAUGCUCUGCGGCAUGCAGGAGGUGGACGUGGAUGACUGGCAACGAAAUACCAUUUACCGGCAUUACACGCGCACAAGCAAACAGGUCACGUGGUUCUGGCAGUUCGUUCGUCAAGUUGAUAACGAGAAAAGAGCAAGAUUACUUCAAUUCGUCACAGGCACGUGUCGGGUACCCGUCGGAGGCUUCGCUGAACUUAUGGGGUCCAACGGGCCGCAGCGUUUUUGUAUAGAAAAGGUGGGGAAAGACACGUGGCUGCCUCGUUCACACACUUGCUUUAACAGACUUGAUCUCCCACCCUACAAGAGCUACGAGCAAUUAUGCGAGAAACUUAAUUUCGCCAUCGAGGAAACUGAAGGCUUUGGGCAGGAAUGAGAAAAAGCAUGUGUACUAUUAGUGAUAUAUGUAAAUUAUUAUUAUACCACAUUAAUUUAAUUGCACCACCUCAUUAAGAGGACUUAUUCACCAAUGGAAUUGGUGCUGUUAUAAUAAAAAAGACCAACCAAAUACAUGUAUGAAUAUUUUGUUUAAACAUUAUUAUGUAGAUAUCAUUAGUGUUUUAUGUCAGUUGUAUAAGAAAUAUUUUGUUUGAACUACAUUACCUAUAUUUAACAACGGCGAUCUCACACUACGCCCGGGUACGUUCACUUAAGAAAGUUGAUUCCUUGUCAAUGAUCUCAAUCUGAAUACUAAGACCAGCCUUUGUAGAAUAGCGUUUUGUGAGAGAUGUCCACGUCGAAAGGUUCAAUAAAAUUAUUUAAAAACUAGCGCCUUUGUAUUAAAUCUUCCAUCAAAAUAGAA